GCUUCUGGACAAGAUCAUUAAAGGACUGCGCGUCCCCUGCUCGUGCACCCGCACACUGAGCGCGUACCUGUACCGGUUCAUUGGAAAUCCGCCUAGUCUCGAAGAUCGACCGCAUGCAUCAGCAGGGUAGGAGGAGGAAAUCAGAUUUGUUUUAUUCAUGCAUGACAUUUGCAGACCAUUGUGAGCUGAUGUUUGCUGCUGAUAAAAGAUGCAUCAUCAUGUAAUUAGAUCAAAGUGUGCAGAUCCAUUAAUAUACCCCUGCUACAGAUUCUACCUGAGACUGUUGCAUUUUAUCUUCUGGCUUCAUAUACAGCUAUUAUUAUUGUGCGCUGCAGACUUCACUGUAGAUCGGCAAUUCUGCAUCGAUCCCGGGUUCCCUGAACAUGGAAACAGGACACCGAGCUCAGGUGUGUUCUUUGAAAAGGCUGUUGCACGCUUUCACUGCCUGGAAGGGUACAGGCUGAAAGGCCCUUCGAAGAUGGUCUGCGUUCCAUACCAGAAUGGCUCCAUGGGCUGGAAACCAAGUCAUAAACCAAUGUGCCUACCUGAAGAUUGUCUAGUUCCAUAUAUUGAAGAUGCUGAAAUUUAUAACAAGACCUACAGACCUGGAGAUAAAUUGAUAAUCACCUGCCACGAAGGAUUCCAGAUCCGCUACCCUGACACGGAUAACAUGGUCUCAAUCUGUCAAGAUGAUGGAACCUGGGAUAGCCUGCCCAUUUGUCAAGGAUGUUUGAGGCCUUCAGUUCCUUCUCACAGCUACAUCAACGUAUCUGAAACCGAGUUCUCAGUCCCGAUGGGAACAGUUGUGCGCUACCAGUGUUUUCCUGGAUACGAACUGGAUGGGGUAGAGAUCCUGGAAUGCAUGUACAACCUGAUCUGGUCUGAGAGCCCACCGAGGUGCCUUGAUGUCGAAGUUUGUCCCCUACCUCCAGUGGUGGAACAUGGAGACUACAUUUGUCAUCCACAGCCCUGUGACAGAUACAAUCAUGGCACUGUGGUAGAGUUCCACUGUGACCCUGGAUACACUCUGGCUAAUGACUACAAGUAUAUCACCUGUCUGUAUGGGCAGUGGUUUCCUAACAUCCAGGUAUAUUGUGUUAAAUCAGAGCAGUCCUGGCCAGCCACCCAGGAAAACCUCCUGACCACAUGGAAAGUAGUUGCCUUCACAGCCACCAGCGUCCUGCUAUUACUACUGUUUGUCAUUCUAGCCAAGGUGUUUCAAACGAAGUUCAAGGCACGAUGUCAGUCAAGAGAUGGACAGCAAGGUCCAAAUGAUCCUAAUGUUUUAGUAGUGGAUGGAAUCCCAGUAAUGCUGCCUUCUUAUGAUGAAGCUGUGAAUAGCGGUAAUAUCAUGCCGCCAAGCUUCCCGCCCCCUGCUGGUCAAGGGGAAUCCCUACAUUCAGAGGACCAGGGCCCUCCUGCCUAUCCGGGUUAUGUUGAAAACAACAGUGCCAUACAACCAGAAGCCAGUGAAUAUGAAGCUUGUGAGAGCUUCUAUGAUUCUUCUGAGCAGCUUCAAAGUAUAUGUCCUUCAUUCACAUGUCCUGGGGGACUGAACAACCUUUCAGAAAGAACAAAUGUGAUAACUUCAAUAGCAGACACUACUUCCACAAGUCCAAGUAUUGACAUUGCAGAUGAAAUCCCACUUGUAGAUGAAGACUGUUAAUCUUUCAUCAUUUAAACAGAGGACUACAUAAGGAAAGUAUACCAGUCUAUGGGACACAAGUCUAAGAACACACUCUUUGUGGUCAAAAGAAAUCAUCACUUUACUCCAGUUUUGUCAACAUGUGAUUAGUCUGAUUAUGCGCUAGACUAUUUUUCUUUCUUUCCCAACAUCAGCACUUAAUGACUUUUGCUAAAGAUGUUGACAAAUUUGACAGCUAUCACCAUCCUGCAAGAUCAGUGCACAAAAAGAGCAUGGAUGUAAAUGGAAGCAAAAUAAAUGUUUGUAAUAUACGUGCACUUCCAACAAGGAUCACCUUCAGCAAUUCAUAAAUCUGAAAUAAUUCUUGAAGUUAAUUUCUUUGUUUAUUAUUAACAAUUUUCAUACCAGCAGAGUCCUUAUGAGAUUCAAGACAUAAUUUCCAAGGAUGUGCCUAGUGCAGAAAUAACAAUUACAUAUAAAUACGUCUGUUAAAACCCUAUAUAAAGAAAGCAAGCUUUUAAAUCACAACCAAACUCUAAAGCACUGUAGAUCCUGCAGAAUCCUCAACUGGACUUGAGACUCUUAUACAUAGCAGCUGCUGCCCAUCACAACUCCUUUAUUAAAGGCUGGUUUGUAAGAUGUCAAAAGAAAUGUCAUUUUAGUCAUUACCUGGCUAAUUCCAAAGAUGUCAAUGGAAUGAACUAUUGAAAGUAAAGAACAUUUAAAAAGUAAGCAGUUUCAAAUGACACUUACUUAUUUUAUGUCUGAGUUGAGGUGCAGUUCUAGUUACCUGCUGUGGACUCGUGUAACGUAGACUAGAUGAUCCAAAGUGUAUAUUAGUGUAGACACCAGGCUCAUCUUGUGUAGAGGUGUGUGUAUUAUAAGAAAAACUGAGAGCGCUAGAUGGUGCUCUCUUACGUCAAUAAAGAAAUUGACUGAUCUUUCCUACAUUAGACAUGUCUAUCUCCUGCACCUGGAACUGAAGAGCAAUUCAUGAAAGCUCCCCAACAAAAACUAAUAAACAACAACAAACAAAUGUAGGUGCUGUAAGUGCAAUGUGAUCCACUCGGUGAUAAGAAACAUCACUGGAUUGGUAACAGAACUGUAGAAAAAGAAACCAGAAACCAGAAACCGGAAUCUGCUGAACAGGCUCUUUAAUGUUCAGAAGACACACCUCUUGAGUAAAAAUUACCCAUUCAGAAUGUGAGACAGCAACAUGAUCCUCAUAGCAAGGAGAGAGUUGUGUAUUGUGUAAAUGUCCACACAAUAAUGAAGAUUUCAAGUGCAAGCACUGUUUUUAUAUGCUUUGAUUUUAACAAUGAAUGGUAUUGAACCACUUAAAAUGGAUAAGUUAAUGAGAAUGAAAACUAAAGCAUGAAUGUUUGUGAUAUGUUCAAAGUAUUGCUUUGAUUUAUACUGAAAUUUAUGUACCAUAUUUUAUAAGAGUAGUAGAAAAUAAAAAAAAUGUUUUGCACCAUCGAAAGAUGUAAUGUAAAAACAAAUAUCCACUCUUAAUUACAAAAUGUUAUCACUGCUGGUCAGGUUAAGAAUUGACUACAAAUUAUUAAGAAAAAUAAAGUAAUUUAUUUGAA